UGUAAUUGCUGACAAACUUCCUGUCCUGUGAGUCCAUCUGAAGAUGGUGGAUGCUCUGAGUAUGCUGUACGCUGCCUUGAUGGUACUGUCAAGCGUGGCCUCUGUCUUUGGGAACCUCCUCCUGCUGCUGGUGCUCCUCCUCAACAAGGAGCUCCGGACCGACACGAUUGGCCUCACCCUCAGCUUCAGCCUCAGCGACCUGGCCCUCGGACUCUCCACCAUCCCCUUCGGAGCCUACAACAGCCUGAACUGGCCCUCCUGCUGUCCCAGUGAGGGAGCCUUCUGUCAAGGCAGCGGCUUCAUCUUCCUCCUACUGCAGACCUCCUCCAUCCACUCACUCACCUGGGUCACUGUCAACAAGUUCACCGAGAUCUGCUUUGCCCUGAACUACAGCAGCAUCUGGACGGCCCGGCGGAACAGAACGGUGCUGGUCCUGGUCUGGUUAUUCUGCCUGGUGACUGCUGCCCUACCCUUGUUGGGGUUCGGCAGCUACGUCUACAGCGAGUCUCGAUUCCUAUGCUGUCCGAGCUUCACUCCUGACAACAGGUACUUUGUGGUGCUGUGGAUGAUGGCAGGCAUUGUGGUGCCGAUCCUCACCAUGUGCUCUCUGUAUGGAUACAUCAUCUAUGUGGCCAGGAAACAGGCCAGGAGGGGCACGUUCAUGUGCAACGAGCUGCACUGCUACUACGUUCCUGCUAACAAUUAUCUCAGGAGUUCCAUCGUGAUGGUCACAACCUCAGGUGAGUUCAAGACCCACCAUGAUUGGCCGCUGUCACUACCUACCAGCUCCUUCUGUCUUUAAAAACUCAAGCUGCUUAGCUGUCUGGGCAAAUCUGUCUAAAAUUAUUUCUUUUGGAGGG